UAACUACGAUUGUGACAGCUAUGCCAGAAGGUAACCCUCGCUCACCUCCUGUUGUCGGCGCGGAUAAAUGCACAUGGGGUCCAAGUUAUUGGUGCCAAAAUCUACAGACGGCCCAGGAAUGCCAAGCUGUCAAGCACUGUACUGAAAAACAUUGGACAUAAAUGGAAGUCCCAGAGGAUACCGACAGUGUCCCAGCUUAAAAUGACAGAAGACAAGUUAGAUUCUUAUAAAAAUGGGAAGAAUAUCAACGUUGGUUAAUAUUAUGAAUAUUUUACUAGUGUCGCAAUACAAUUGUAUGAUACUAUUUUUUCAUUAAUGUUAAAUAUAAAAGUUUAUAUAAUCAAUUGAUCCUUUUCAAAAUUAUAGAUAAUUAUAUUAUCUAUUUAUCAUUAAUUUUAUAAUAAAUUGCUUAUAAUAUUCUUCCAUGACAAAUUUGAUUACAAGUUAAUGAACAAUGUUCUAUGAAAAUGUUUUUGCUCAUAAAAUCUAGAGUUUAAAAUCAUUAAAAAAUUAUGAUCCGCAAUUAAAUUUAAAGUAAAAUCACCUUCUAUGUUACUCAGUUUUUAGGAUAAAUUGUUAAU